AUGGGGUGGAUGCUGGAGCUCCUCGAGUGGAAGGAGUGGAGGCGGAAACCGGAGCCCGAGGCUCGGGUCUGGCAGCUGCUGUCGGAUCCGAACCCGGGCAAGAUGCUGGACAGGGUGGAGGAAAGAGCAGUGAAGGUGCAGAUCAGGCACGGUCUUUGUUGCCAGCUCCGACUUUGUCUGGAAAUGGAGAUGAUCAAGAUGGGGGACGUGUGGAGACCCCUGCUGCAGGAGUUGUCGUACAGGGAUCAGAGACUCGCGCCGACAUUGCAGGCCAAGCCGGCACAAGCGGAGGUGGAUCAGCUGUUCGUGACUCUGAGUUGCGGGGUGGAGCGUCUUUCUAUGAUGGUAGUGGAGAAGGUUUCGCUGGAGACUACCACACGCCACGAUCAACAAGGUCAUUUGGACCAGGCGGUGGCGGAGCGAGACCAGUUUUUCAGGGUCACCUCCCAGGCCCACCGGCAACUUCAGGCACAACCACCUCGUGAAGCUGUAACAGCGAGCCUUCUCGUGGGCAUGAAGGGCGUCCAGAUCCGUGGCGCGAUCCGCUUGGACCCUACGACUAUGGCAAUCUUGGACGCCCUAACGAAGAACUUGACCAGCCUCCAGGAAUUGCAAGCCAAGUCACUACAGAGGGAUGAUUCGCCUGAGCAGGUCAAGUCCAACGUCACCAACCUCCCGAUGCUACCGGGGCCGGAGGGCACGAACGCUGGCAUCGUGUUCCAGGACUGGCUGGCGCAGGUAGCAGUGCCGAUGCAAGACCUUUCUGCUGCUUCGGGUACUUGGUGGGCUGGGGUUCUAGGUCUUGUUCGUGAAGCCUAUUCCAAAUGGCUGGCAGCUACACCUCUUGAGCGACUUCAGCUUGAGCCUACUGGACACGAAGCAUGGACGUCCGCUAGGUGGACCAGGAUCAACUCGCGGGCGUGUUCGCUGAUCCUUCAGAGCCUUGUGGAAGCAAUCAGAUUGGAUCUGAUUGCAAGAAGAGCGGUCCAAAGUGCACCCCUCAUGCUUUUCAGGUUGCACACGUGCUACCAACCUGGAGGUGCCAAUGAGCGCUCUGCGGUGCUCGGAAACCUUCAGAGCCCGACGCAGCCCACCACAGUGGACGACGCCUUGACAUGGUUGCGGUCUUGGCCAAGAUGGGUGCAGAGAUGCAAGGAUUUGAAUAUGAUGGUUCCAGACGGGACGAUCCUUGCGAAGGCCCUUACAACCGUGACGGCAAAGUUUGUUGCGGAGAACCAGGACACCCACUUCCGCACCCAAUUGUUGAGGUCGAGCUUAAGGAUAGACGGGCAGCCGGGACUCAUGGACGUUGUGAAGUACCACCAGCACCUGCAGGCGGAAGUUGAAUCGAUGAUUGCUGCGAGGGCUGCUUUACCCGUUCAGACACCUGCAAUCAAGGCCAUGACUACCUCGCCUUCCAGUCCUUCAGCUUCUUCGGCAAGUCCAUCAAAGCCCCCGUGUAAAUACUUCUUGAAGCAAGGAGGAUGCCGACGGGGCCAGCGAUGUCCAUAUACACACGAUCUCAACAGUGUGAGCAAGGCCGAACGAGCGCGCAAAUGUCUAGUAUGUGGGAGUGAAGAGCACCGGCAAAAGGACUGCCCCACCAAGACACCCAAGCAAGGCGGGAGACCAAGCGCUGGAGCUGGGUUUCCGGCUCAUGGUUCAGCCUCGCCUUCGAGUACCUCCCCAGCGAAUGUUCCGAAGAUCACCAGCGUUGAGCCUGAAGGGGAAAAAUCGCCGAGUGUUUCAGCCCAUGUGGUCGCGGGAGAACCUGUCUGGACCUUGGAGACUCUUCUGCAGGCAGCGGCGAAAGUGGCAGGGGCGCAGCCGCCCAAUCCCAAAGCACCUUCAAUGAAUGUAUUGGCGCUGAAGAGGACGGAGGCGGCUUCAGAUGAGUUGGCCAUGUUUGCUUUGGUUGAUUCUGGAGCCACGCAUGCUUUGAGGAGGGCCUCGUCCCAGGAGGAGUGGGAAGAGUCUGAUCCGGUGACUGUGAACCUGGCGGGUGGUGAAUCCAUUAGCCUUCGCAUGAAUGCGGCCGGCACUAUCCUGGUGCCCAUCAAUUCGAUGACAGCGGCAUCCUCAACUCUGCCAAUCGUGCCCUUGGGUGCCCUGGUAAGUCAGCUGGGAUAUACGAUGACUUGGGGAAAGACCAAGUGCAAGUUGGAAGGCAAGAAUGGGGAAGUCAUUGUUCUUCGCGUUCGUGACGGGUGUCCCGAAGUUACGGAGCAGGAAGCCUUGAAGCUGAUCUCCCAGUUGGAAGAUGCAAGACUGGAAGAGCUACGGGAGAACACGAAAGAUACCCGGACCAAGGUGAAGGCAGCUGCCCUUGCGAUGGAGCGAACAUGGUUCGACUAUUUGCUCUCCUACAUUGAUGGAGGGUUGUCGUCCCAGGCGUUGAAGGCGGUGGAGAGCGCGCCCUUCCUUCAAGAAGUUCCGCGUGAGUGCAAGGCUGGUCUGGUGGAUGCAGUGCCGGAGGCCAAUGGGUGGCAAGCCUUGAAAGGGUUGGAGCACCUGAACAGGAAAACUCGAAAGCGGUUAUGGGCUUCGGACAAGUGGCUUGUUCAUCUGUACGCAGGAAAGGCAGAUCGACGAGAGUUUCGGCACUUGGAGGGCCACGGGUACACGAUUCUGGAGCUGGACAUUGAGAGGGGCAUAACUCAUGAUGUUUUGAGGGCGAGUACCUGGAGAGCGUUGGAGUGGGGAGCCAGGAUGGGAAGGAUCGGGGCGAUUGUUGGAGGACCGCCUCAGAGUACCUUCAUGAUUUCGCGCCACGUCGUGGGUGGCCCGGAACCGGUCCGCUCCAAUGAGUUUCUGUUUGGAAAUUGGCCAGGACAAUCCGACAGUGACCUCUUCAAGGUGAACCGGGAGACGCAGCUCAUCACGAGAAUGAUCUACCUUCAUGCCCUCGCCACGGCAGGAAGGCUGCGAGCUCCGCACGACCCCACCGUGAGCAAGGAGGUUGCUUUUCUUCUUGAGCACCCUCGGGAUCCGCGUGGAUAUUUGAAGUUUCAGGAUCCGUUGUACCCGGAUGUUGUGAGCUUGUGGAGGACUUCGUUGUGGUCAGAGUACGCAAUGGAAGCGGGGCUACAAGCCUACAGCUUCGACAUGGCGGCUUUGGGGAAAGCGUUCACUAGGCAUACUACAGUGGGGACCAAUCUACCACUUCGACACCUGGAUGGGCUUCGCCUACGGUGGCAUUCAGAUGGACCUCCUCCAGUAAGAGCUCCAGGGUGUGUUUGGCCACAGGAGUUCUACGAGCACCUGGUCAUUGUGCUCCGGGACUGGGGAAAGAUUCCGAGAAUGUUGAAAAUGAGCGCAGAGCAGUGGCGAGACCAUGUACGACGAGGGCAUCUUCCGUUUCGCGCCGACUGCACAGUCUGCGUCCAAGCCGGGGGCACAGGGCGCCGGCAUUCCAGGGCCGAACACCCGUCGGCGUUUGUGCUUUCAGCCGACCUGUCAGGUGCAGUCAAGGUCGGCGGUGUGGACCCUGAUGGCAGAGGAGCUUUUCCGCGGCAGUUCAAGUACAUCUUUGCCGCGAAGCUACGAGUUCCUAAGUCCUUCGUGGAAGACGGCCGGGGCGUGUGGCUCGAUUACGACCCUGGCGAGAUGAGCAAGGAAGACUACGAGGAAAAGGACGACGGGCUGGCCCCAGCAAGUGGAGGAGAAAGGGACCCAGGAGGAGAAGAUCCGCGUGAAAAAGAAGGUGAGGAUAUAGAGCCAGAGCUUAAAGAGGUGCCUAGGCGAGAUCCCGAGGAGGACAGUGACCUGGGUGGCCCGGAGCUGGUGAACCUCAUCUUUGCGUGUGGGUUGAAAGAUGAUAAAGCCCCUACGGUUCUUGAAGCGGUCCAGGAUGUGAUCCUCUACUGCAGGGCGCUGAAUAUACCAGUGCUGCGUUUCCAUGCCGAUCGGGGCAUGGAAUUCAGGGCCAGGGCAACUCGCCAAUGGCUAAAGGGCGAGGGGAUUCGAGUGACUACGUCAGAAGCAGGUGUCCACCAGACGAAUGGCACAGCAGAGUCAACGAUUCGAUGGCUGAAGCAGAGGGCGAGAGCGCUACUACUAUCAGCAGGACUCCCUCAACGUUUGUGGCCUUCCGCAAUCAGCGUGGCAGCCUCUAUGCAGCGAGGAGAUGUUCUCGGCUUUGAACCAAAGCUCGCUGCCCCGUAUGGCUCUAAAGUGUUGGUUCGCAGGCGUCAUUUGGAUGGACCAAAGCUUGAUGACCUUGCGCCAAGGUGGCUGUCUGGAGUCUAUGUGGGUUUGUCCGACAGUCUCAGCAAAGGCCACUUGGUGUAUGUUAGUGAUGGAGAAGGAGAAUGCUUUGUUCACACUUUACAUGUUCGAGCGGGCUUACAUGAUCCAGGGCCACCUGAAGAAGAAGUUCAAGCAGAUCUACCUGGACCCCCCGAACGGCGAGUGCGUGGAAAGGCGUCUGGCCCUGGUGAUGUGGUUGCAGUGUCCAAGGCUCAGGUGUUCGAUGAGGGCGAGUUCCAGCAAAGGGCGGAGGUGCUGUUGCAGAGCUGGAACCUGGAAGCAGCAGAGUGCUUGGUCCGGGAUGUUGCGCGACUACUACCAGAAGAUGAGCGUGUGUAUGGGAUGUUUCGCCAUGGUGGACGAAUUGGAGUCACGAAGUCCACUGUGGAGCGACCCUGGUUCGCCAUGCUGCUGAACAAGGUGAUGCAAGAUAGAGCGUCGGAUGCGGAAUAUGCGGCGAUCUUUGUGUCCAUGAAUAAUGAGCGCGAAGUACACAUUGACCGCAACAAUGCUCUCGGCGCCAUGAAUCAUUUGCUCCCAAUCAGUAUGCCGAGGCGAGGGGGUGAACUUUGGAUGGAGUUGAGAGAUGGAGAUGUGGUCUCUGGAAAGGUUAUUGAGUUGCUGUCCGGAGAAGGCCGUGCACGAUAUGGUUGCGCAUUUCCACUUCAAGAAGGGCGAGUAUUCUCGUUCGACCCCCACCGACGUCAUGCAGUACUACCAUGGAAAGGGGAGCGAAUCGUGAUCGUCGGGUACACCCCGGCACUCCUGGCUUCAGUACCGAGACUGGACCGAGAGAUGUUGUGGGCGUUGGAUUUCCCGUUGCCGCUUGAGGAUGAUGAGGCCCCGGCUGAGGUUUACAUCAAUGCAUUGUCGGUGUCUUCGGUGAGGUGGCAGGAAACGAUACCUACCUCUGAUGGCGAGUACCUGUUCAAGUGUGAUUGGUCCAUUGCCAAAAGGGAACUUCAGGCUUCUGAGUCCUCUACGUCGUCGCAAGCUUGCAAUGUGAGUGAAAGUGACCCGAUUCCCGGUGAAGAUUGGGAGGAUUGGGAAAUGCAUCUGGUGCUGGACAAUGAAUCUACAGCUACAGCAACGCUAUCUUCCAGUGAUGAUGUUCGGCCCUCCAUCAAGAAAGCAGAGGUCACCUACACCGAUGGCAUUGAGGAGAUCUUGGAUGCUUUGAGUUCUCCGGUGUCAGUGGUUUAUACCGUGAAUCCGAAGGAGGUAGCGGCUGUGUUUGAGAAGUGGAUCCCGGCGUUGCAGAAGGAGGUGAACACGUUAGACCACGCUGUUGAUAAAGUUAUGGGAGACGAUCCUCAAGUUCGGGAAGACCUAAGCUCCGGAAGGGGACAGUUGAUCCCGAUGAAGGUGGUUUAUACCAUCAAGCCCCCAGAUCCUCCGGCCGAGGAGGAGCAGCCCACGGAGUUCUUCAAGCGCAAAUCGCGCAUUGUGAUCUGUGGGAAUAUGGCUUCGCAUUGCCCAUCGGAGGUGUUUGCUAGCACCGCUCCGGCAGAAGUGGUUCGGGCCGCCAUCGCUCUGGCAAGGUUCUUUAAUUGGAAUCUCGGGGCCAUCGACAUCGUUGCUGCGUUUUUGCAGACUCCCCUGCGGGCAGUGAAGGGCGCACCCUUGGUGUAUGGGGUUCCUCCAAAAAUCCUUGUGAAAGCGGGAUUGGUUCGACCAGGCGAGUUGUGGAAGUUAACGCAUGCAGUCUACGGCCUACAAGAAAGUCCGAAGCUAUGGGGAGCCUACAGGGACGAUUUGCUGGCCCAAAUCCAGUUGGUGUUUGACGGCAAGCGUGUGACGCUUAUGCAGGGCCGAGUUGAACCUUCGUGGUGGUCUGUGCUACAGGAUGGCUCGGUUCUGAUCGGGAUCCUCGUUGUCUAUGUUGACGACCUGCUCCUGUGCGGGCGAACAGAGCUGAUCAAAGAGCUAGCAGCAGCAAUAAAGGCUGUUUGGAAAACCAGCCCUCUUCAGUUGGCGACUGAGGGUGAGAUCCGUUUUUUGGGAAUCGAGAUCUCCUUUACAAGCCAGGGCUUUGCGCUCACGCAACGGGCAUACAUUGAGGAGCUUCUCCGCAUCCAUGAAAUGACAUCAAGGCGGAGAGAUUUGGUGCCUGUUGCCAAGGAGGCUGCGAGUUUUGUGGUGACAGACGACGAGGGCCCUGCAAACGAGGGUGAAGUACGAGCUGCUCAACAGAUUGCUGGCGAACUACUGUGGAUUAGCCAAAGAACCCGACCAGACAUCGCAUAUGUGUGCUCGCUGAUCGGCUCACUAGCAACGCGGGCUCCGAGGCGCGCUGUUGAGAUCGGGGAGAAGACUCUGGGCUAUCUUCAACGGACCAUUGGCCGACAGUUGCUGUACGAGAGCUGUGUUCCCUACCUGACUGGGUUUGUAGACGCGUCGUUUGCACCGGAUGCCAGCAGAUCCCACACUGGUUGGAUUGUGCUCUUGGCCGGGAAUGUGAUUGCUUGGAGAUCGUCGAGACAGUCGUGCAUUAGUCUGAGCACAGCGGAAGCAGAGCUUGAGGCAGCAGUGGAAGGGUUGGUGGCUUUGCAAGGGAUUCAGGCCUUGCUGCACGAUAUCGGAGUUGUUUCCUUGCAGCUCCAGAUGCACUCCGACAGCACUUCGGCUUUGGCAAUCGCGAAAGGAUCAUGUAGCUGGAGGACGAGGCAUUUGCGCCUAAAGAGUUCUUGGGUGAGCGAGCUGAUUGCCAAGGGGAUUGUGGAGUUUAACCAUUGCAGUGGGGAAGUUCAACCAGCUGUGAUGGUCAGCGAGAACUUCCAGGUGAUGGUGGCAGAAGCAGUUUUAGUCGCAUUGCUGGUGCUGGCGCAAGCAGUUUCUGGUGAGCGUGUAACUGAGGAACAAGGAGUGGUUGUCUAUGGGAGUGGCGUGUCAGUUGACUAUGGCUUGCUUACUUGGGUGCUCUUGUGGCUGCUGGUGCUACUGGGUGUUGUGUCGUGGGAAGCUCUGAAGUGGAUUGCGUGGACUGUCUACGAUAGGGCGUCUCCUGGAUCAAGUGCCAGACGCUUGAGGAGGCUACAGCGACUCAGAGAUGCUACUUCUGAGGCUAUUCAGAGGGAGGUUGCUGUAAGGCUCGAAACAAGGCCAGAAAGGCGUGCUCAGGAUGCCCGCCGCACACCUGCUGAGCAACAAGCGCGGAGUCUUAUCGACCGACCUCAGCCUCCACGAGCUGAGCCGAAGAGUGCUCCGGAUCCGAAUGCCGAAGAGAGGAUGCGGCUACUACGACGGCUGGCGCAAGGGACCAAAGAGCAGGUUGAUGCAUCUGUUCAAACGGCAGCGUUUUCGCCAGUGCAAGCUCCCGGUACCAGAGUGAUACUACGCUACGUACAUGAACCUCCAGAAGAAGUGUUUGUGGUGCCGGACAAUGAGUGCUUCCACGUCUACGGCGAUGGCAUUGCAGUUGAGGGCAUGGGCCUCGGGCUCCUGAAGUGCGCGGAGCUCCAGCAGCAGCAGUACGAGCAAUACCAGCAGGCAGCCAAAGCUGUGGAAGCCGCACGCAUAGCCUCCGAGGGCCAGACAGAGGAGACGAAAGAGGUGACGACUUGGGCUUAA